AUGUGUUUACUUCGACUGGGCUACGUGCAGGCUGUCGGCGUUCGCGAACACAUAUUAGUAAUCAUCUCCGAUAGUCAGUUGCUUCGAUGAUUGUGUCGAAUGGUUGAGGUUUUCUUAUUACGGAAAGACUUCAGUGUUUGUAUAGUUUGUUGUUAGCAGCGACUAACAUAAGCGAGUUUAUUCAAAUUAAAGCCACCUACUUGCUACCUGUAUUAUUUUGUCCAGUUAGAGUUGAUUGAUUGAGUGAAGGAAAAAGUCAUGGCAAGCGUCAUCAGAAUUGUUGCCGCACGAAAAUUUGCGCCCAUGUGCUUUGUGAGAGCAAUGUCAGGUGAAGGUCAUAUCCGAGAAGCAGGAGGAAAAUUCGCUGAGCGUGAACAGGCCGAAGAAAAUCGGUAUUUCAGGAGAGUUCAAGCCCAACAACUGAAAGAACUGCGAGAUCAUCAUGAUGAUGAAAUCGAACAGGCAGAGGCGGAAAUAAAGCGAUUGCGCGAAAAAGUCGAAAGACACAAAGGGAGUCUGAAAAAGCUAGAGAAACACUAAACGAUUUCAAUUUAUUGUUAAAUUUUCGUUUUUGUUGUUACAUAUUUUGAGUUUCACUGUACAUACGUUGAUUGUUAAAUGUUGUGCCUUUGAUAUAAUUGGCGAUUUGAUAUUAGACUGAAAAUGGGUAUUCCAAGAAUUCGAUAUACUGAAAUUUUGUCUCGUGAAUAAAUUUCACUUCGAAUCGUUUAUUUGCAGCGAGUUAAUAAUAAUAUGCAUUUCUUAUUCUGUAAGUCACUGCUGAAAUAACCAUUUUUGAGGAUCAACUUUGUAUAUCAGAUAUUAAACUCCAUUCUCCGUAUAUCGGCGUCUCUUGUGUUGAUUGCCCACUUGCAUUCACCAUGCUUAAUUUGGGCGUUUCGCCGAGCUUUGUACACGUAAUACUACAAACUGUCUGUUAACAUUCAUAAAUAAUACUAUAGUUCACUAUUGUAUUAUACUUUCGGUUAUUUAACCACCGUUUAAUAAUUGUUUUCUUUGAAUUUGAGACUCGCAAA